GAAUAAUUUUAAAUGCAAAUUAAAUUGAGGGGGUAGCAGAGAAGAAUAUAUAAAAGACAGUAAAACAAAACCUUUCAAUUUUCUUAAAUUAGCAGUCUAAUGUGUUCUAAAGAGCAGCCCCACUCAGAUCUCUUCUUAGGGGUUGCAUUUCAUCACAAUAUAAAAUGGGCAAAUCCGUCACUUUCCUCCACUCAGGGCUCUUGACUCAAGAUUGAAGGGAAAAUUAGGAGCUGCUCAUUUGGGCUUGUGGGCUCAGCAGCACUGCUCAGCUUCAUUUCGUGUUCUCCCGGUGUCCUGUGGAAAGGGGUCAACAAGUGCUGGCAUCCAGGUGAAGAUUUUUCUCUCUAAAUUCUGUGCCUGAAACAUCAAGGAUGGAUUAUCCCAAAAUGGAUUAUUUUCUGGACGUUGAGUCUGCUCACAGACUCUUGGAUGUUGAGUCGGCUCAAAGGUUUUUCUACAGUCAAGGAGCUCAAGCUCGCCGGGCGACCCUGCUCCUGCCUCCCACAUUAAUGGCGGCAUCUUCGGAGGACGAUAUAGACCGGCGGCCCAUCAGAAGAGUCCGCUCCAAGAGCGACACUCCGUACCUCGCGGAGGCCAGGAUCUCCUUCAACCUAGGGGCAGCUGAGGAGGUGGAGAGGCUGGCCGCGAUGCGUUCCGACUCCCUGGUCCCAGGUACCCACACCCCACCCAUCCGGAGGAGGAGUAAGUUUGCCAACCUGGGCAGGAUCUUCAAGCCCUGGAAGUGGAGGAAGAAGAAGAGCGAGAAGUUCAAGCACACGUCGGCAGCCCUGGAAAGGAAGAUAUCCAUGAGGCAAAGCAGAGAGGAGCUGAUAAAGCGAGGGGUCUUGAAGGAGAUCUACGAUAAAGAUGGGGAGCUCUCCAUAUCCAACGAAGAUGACUCCCUGGAAAAUGGACCGUCCCUCAGCUCCAGCCAGCUGUCCCUGCCCGCCCUGUCCGAAAUGGAGCCAGUCCCCAUGCCGAGGGACCCCUGCUCGUACGAGGUGCUCCAAGCUUCAGACAUCAUGGAUGGGCCAGUGUCUGAAGAGAGUCCCUCUGCCAGUGAGUCUGGAGUCCUCCUGUCCCAAGAUCCUACCGCCAAACCAGUCCUGCUACUGCCCCCCAAAAAACCUGCUGCUUUCUCUGGAGACCAUGAGGAGACCCCAGUGAAGCAGCUGUCCCUUCUCAAGCAGCCCCCGGCCCUGCCUCCCAAACCCACUACCCGGAUUGCCAACCACUUAACAGAUCCUGGCGCCCCUGUGAAAUUGCCUUGUCUGCCAGUGAAACUGUCGCCUCCGCUACCUCCAAAGAAAGUCAUGAUCUGUAUGCCCGUAGGGGGCCCGGAGCUCUCCCUGGCGACCUACGCAGCCCAGAAGAGCAGCCAGCAGGGCGUGGCCCAGCACCACCACACGGUCCUGCCGUCCCAGAUCCAGCACCAGCUGCAGUAUGGCAGCCACGGCCAGCACCUCCCCUCCUCCACCGGCACCCUCCCCAUGCACCCCUCGGGCUGCAGGAUGAUAGACGAGCUGAACAAAACGCUGGCCAUGACCAUGCAGAGGCUGGAAAGCAGCUCCGAGCAGCGAGUCCCCUGUUCCACUUCUUACCACAGCUCUGGUUUGCACUCGAGUGACGGUGUCACAAAAGCAGGACCUAUGGGCCUUCCGGAAAUCAGACAAGUGCCAACUGUUGUGAUUGAAUGUGAUGACAAUAAAGAAAAUGUGCCUCAUGAAUCGGACUAUGAAGACUCUUCUUGCCUGUACACAAGAGAAGAGGAGGAGGAGGAGGAGGACGAAGAGGACGACAGCUCCCUCUACACCAGCUCCCUGGCCAUGAAGGUCUGCAGGAAGGACUCCUUGGCCAUCAAACUCAGCAACAGGCCCUCCAAGCGAGAACUGGAGGAAAAGAACAUCCUGCCCCGGCAGACGGACGAGGAGAGGCUGGAGCUGAGGCAGCAGAUCGGCACCAAGCUCACCAGGCGGCUGAGCCAGAGGCCGACUGCAGAAGAACUGGAGCAGAGGAACAUUUUGAAACCUCGGAAUGAACAAGAGGAACAGGAGGAGAAAAGAGAGAUCAAGAGGCGACUAACUCGAAAGCUCAGUCAAAGGCCCACAGUAGAAGAACUUCGAGAAAGGAAAAUCCUCAUCCGUUUCAGUGACUACGUGGAGGUGGCUGACGCUCAGGAUUAUGAUCGGAGGGCAGACAAGCCGUGGACUCGCCUCACAGCUGCAGACAAAGCUGCCAUUCGGAAAGAGCUCAAUGAAUUUAAAAGCACUGAAAUGGAAGUUCAUGAAUUGAGUAGACACUUAACAAGGUUUCAUCGACCUUAACAGUUAAAUUCCUCUUGAGUGCUAUGCUGUCUUCAAAACAUAAAUUUAUAAGAACCAUAAGUGCUGGUAUUUAUUCACUUCCCCAUUACGAUGUAAAUCUUCUGAACUGCCUUUUUUAAAAAAGAAGAAGAAGAAAAAUAAAAGGAAACGCAAUCAGGAUUCUCUGUGCGGAAACGUGAUGGUGACCACUGCACGGUCAGAGCUGCUGGCGUCACUGCGGGUACCGAAACGCGUCCCACCGGUGGCAGGGCCCUGGCGGAAGACCUCCCGGAGGCCCAGCGGUCCUCAUCCUCGCCAUCGGAGCCCGGCAGGCACCAUGCUCACCUGGUCUCCAGUGAAACCCUUCCUCAUAAGGGUCUGUCACCUGAGUGGAAAGAAGGCGGAGGCAUGAGCUUGUCUCAGAGACUGUGCCCAGCUGUCAGUCCGGAUGGCCUUCUAGAUUUGGCCAGGUGCGCCAGGCACUCUGGGGGUCCCCGAGGAGGGAGGUGCUGAGAGCCGGGUGGGCUUCUCCGUGGCCUGGUCCUUUCUCUUCGGCCAUCCCCGCAGUGAGCAGAAUGGAAGGGCCUUUUCCCAGGGGGUUCUGGGGGAGUCUGUGGCUGUCUGUGGGUCCUCAGGUGGGUGCCGUAGGGGCGGAAGGCUGGCAGGCAGCGCCCAUCCUGCCCCCUCAGCCUGAGCUGAGCCGCCUCGCAGGAGACUCUGGUUUCAAAAGCGGGAGUUGUCAUCUGCUCAGUUCUAAUUGAUUGGCCCACCCAGUGUCACACAAAUGCCAUGGCUAAGGUACUCCCAUAAUGUGCAGACAGCAUGGGGCCAUGCAAGCUGGGGUCAGCCCUCGCUCAGGCAGCACAGGCACUAAGUGGAGCCAAACAGAGAAGUCUAGCAAGGCUGGUCGGAAGCUCUGCUUGGCCAGGGUUCAUUUUUCCUGUGCACCCAGAGUCGGGAUGGUGUGACUUGGAAGUCAUCGGUCCUCUGAGCCCAGGUCCAAUGCGUGGAGGCCAGAAGCCCUUCCUGUAAGCCUGGCUCCCCAGCCACUGAGGGACUGGAGUCCCAGUGCCACUCUAUGGCCUCCUGUUCUCCCUUCUUUGCACUGAAAAGCUUCCACAGAGAAGCCCAGAUUUCAGCACGUACCAGGUUUGGGCAGAUGCCAUGCACGCCUGCCAAAGUGUCCCUCUCUUCCUGCUCCAUUGAUCCAGAGAGAGGCCUGUCUCUCUUGUGAUGCAGGGUGAUUGGAGAUGAGUCUCCAACCGUCAUCCUGCACACCGGGACCACAGAGAAGCAAUACUCUGUCGGCAGGGACACCGGGGUUGGGUGUGCGGUGAAGUAAGGACACCCACAAACCCUACCCAGGAUCCCAGCGAGACCCAGAACACCCACUUUUCUUUCUGAGCAGAGCUCUCCCUGCCUUCUGUGGAGGAUCCAGAGCCACCAUGGUCCCUCUAGGCCCUGGCUAGCUCUCCACCCCACGCACCCAGGGUUUAGAAGGAUGCCAGCUGCCGGCCUGGCCAUCCCAAAAGAGAGUCAACAAGUCCCCACUCAAACCAGGGGGGACCAGGAACCCUUGGGAUGCAACACCCAUCUCUGGGGCUGUUGAAUUUUCUAGAGUCUUAACGGCUCCGUGGGCAGCACCAAGCAGGAGCCAGACAGAUGUGGGGGAGAGCUCAGGGCAGCUCUGCAGGCAGUGCCCCCAGCCGCUGGUCUCCUUGCGCCUCUGGAGCGCGCACGCCUCUGCCCAGCCCAAGGGCAGACACCAUCACCAUCACUGGACACCAUCACUAGAUCUUUCUUUUUUCUUUGAAUGUUGAAUCUGAAUAGUUCCUGCAGUUGGGAGAGGUAUUCAGGGAAAAUGUCUUCCCGAAAGGCUUACUGACAGUUUGAAUGUUCGAAUGGAAUGACAGAUGACGCUUGGCUCCUGUGUUGAACUUCUCUAGGGCAGGUGGGGCAGGCACCCCUUCAAGGCGGAGGUGCCUGCCUGCCUGGGCUUGAGGCCCGCACUCCCUCUAACCAGCAGCUGAGCUUCAAAAGUGGCACGUGGUGCCCUGUGGCCUGACAGUUCGGCCUGCCCCUGGCCAGGAGUGAGUCCUCAGGGAAUACAUUCCGCUGACUAGACUCCUCCCACUAAGGCCCCUGGCAUCUCUGCUGGCCUUGGGUCUUGGGCCUUCAAAUUCCCUAGGAAUAGAAAGACCAAAUCCCGCUCCCUGUAGCCAGCCAGCAGCCCGGGUGGGCCACCCAAAGUGCCCUAGGGUUGCAGUCCACUUCCUGCAUGGAGGAAACCGAACGCCACUUCCACUCCUCCUCCUGCAGGGCACCCUUUCCCAGAAGUCACUUUCUCAGACUGAGGGGUGUACCUCCCAGUCCCUGAAAGGCCACCCACCUUCAGGAUCAGCUCUCUCAAGCCCACUCUAGGUGGCUCUUAGCCUCAGCAACCCCAGGGGCCUGCAGGACAGGGCCUCUGCUGUCUCCCUGUAAACCUCCAGGUCUUUAGAGAGAUCAUCUACCCACAUUUUUCUGGCCACAUUGUCAUGACACCAAAAGCAACUUGUGCUACCUUCCAAGAUGACAAUUGGACACUCAUUGGGGGCAGGGGGAAGAGAUGGGCUAGAUGGUUUAAAAUGCAUCACUUUUCUGGAAGUACUGCAGUUUUGGAGUUGGUGCAUGUACGUUCCCAGUGGGGCAUGGUGUCAUCUGGAUUCGUGGGAGAGGGAAGCGUGUAUUAUCUCAAAUUCUGUCCCUCUCGAAAUUAGACAUGGCUCCAAGCCCAACCCCAAAGCCCCCCUUAAUGAAAAAAGACGCAGCCAUUGGCCAACUUCCUUUCUCAAAAUUCUGAUAACCUCAUCCCCAAGGCCCCCGAGCCCUGUAGCACUUUUGAAACAUUCGCCUUUCUGUCCGAUUAGAGAAACUACCAACGACGAGGCGUUGAACGUGAGGAAAGCUUUGGGUUUAUUUUUCUCCCGCUUUAUGAACAUGUAUUUAUAUUUGCCGAAUGAACAUCGUGGUGUGUGGCUUCCAUGAAGGGAGCUGCAGGCUCCCCCCGUGCACGGCCGGUGGGUAAAGGUCACCUGCCAUGACUUUUCCUUCCCGUUGGUCUGUUAACCCCCAAACCGGUUGCUUUCUCCAGUUGCUUCCUGGGUGUGUGUACAUAGUUUGUCUUUGUAUAGGAGUGAGUGUGGCGACCGUCAAUCCGUGCCCUCCCGGGCUCCACUUCACAGAUGACGGCUGUAUGAGGGAGAUGAUGUACAUACGACACAAAUUAAACUGGAUCUCUACGGCCUCGGUUUUGUACAUACAGAAACUGCAUGGUAUUUAAAUUAUUGUUUGUCUCUGAUGAUGUAUGCAGUUUCUCUAAAAACAAACCAAAACAAAAAAGUCUAAAAAAAAAAAAAA